AUGUGGAGCGGGGCCUGCUUGGCACAAGCAGCUAAGCUUUCGCUCUCGAUCAACAUCCGCAUUCCGUCCGUGGUCAGCCCCUCUACCUGUCACCCACGAGCUAGCGAUAACCCGCACACUAUUCAAGUCGUCGAUGGCAGCGCCAUCAAUGCUGUAGCCGCUGGUAUGUCGACCAUCGCCUCGCCCCGCGACCCAUCGACACCGCUGGCGCGGCGCAUGAACUCGUCACAGCCCGUGACUGUCACCACACCCACGUCCUCCACACGCCCAAGUCUCGAUCUACCCGCCUCUGCCUCGGGGUCACCCAACCAUAAUGCCGCUGCUGGCAGCGGCUCGACCGCGGCCCCCCCCAACAAGCGAGCCACGCGCGCAGCGCUACGCGAGUACUACAAUAUCCGCAAGGCGGCAGCGACAGGGGCGAGCUCGUCAGGCCCGGGAACCCCGACUGUCGAGGUGACUGACGCACCAUUCGAUGGGGUUUUUGGCGGUGCCGCCGGAGCCGGCGCGACGGGCGGGAGCGGAGACAUGAUGACGGCCACAUCGGAGCUGGACUCGGCCGGGUUCGAUGCGGCGGCUUGGGUCGCGCGCACGCUGCAGACUAGCAGCUUGACGGAGCUUCUGCGCGCCUAUGCGCGCGUGUUGGGCGAGAUGCGAGCCCUCGAUGCUGAAAAGAAGGCGCUCGUCUACGACAACUACAGCAAGCUCAUCAGCGCCACCGAGACCAUCCGCCGCAUGCGCUCCACCAUGGACCCCCUCAACCCCAUGGCUAGCACUCUCGACCUGGUAGUCGCCAAGAUCUACGAGCAGGCCAAUGGGAUGCGCGAGGAGAUGCGCCGCGAGGUCCAGCGUCCGCUGCGAGACUCGUUUCAGCAAGAGGAAAGAAACUCGUCGGAACGGACAGGGGAAGAGGAGGGCGAGGGCGGGGAGCAAGACACGAAAAGACAGCAAAUUGCGGCGGUCGAGCGAAGGCGGAGGACCAGGGAACUCGUGCUGGGAGUGCUUGAGGUGCCGGAAAGGGUGAGGCGGCUAGUGCAAGAGGGGAGAGAGCACGAAGCCAAGCGCGAGUGGGAGCUGCCGCGACAGCUGCUGGAGAGAUGGAGAGAGAAAGGGCUCGGCGGCGACGACGUCGUCGCUCUCCUUGAAGAGGGUGAUGCAGCGCUAAGUGGCAGGGUUUCCCUGGAGCAGAACAGCGCCGCGAGCACGGCGUAG